GUCGGGGGAAAACCUGCACCAUCCAUGCAGCCCGCAAACUGCAUGCUCGUGCCUUCCCCGGGCCUGCCCCUGAGACUCCAUCGCCCCACCGGCCGGUCCCCCCUUCAGACGAUUUGCGAUGGACCCACCCACACCCCACCGCAGCUCCACCGGGUCCCAUUGACGGCUGUGACAGUGUGGGAAUCUGCAGAACCGGAGUAGCGGUACCUCUCGACCGUUUGAGAUUGAAAUUCCCCUUUUCCGCUUUCUCGGUGAAAUCUCUGCUAUCUCGCAGAACUCGCAGUGGUUGUAUAUAUCGGCGCCAUUUUGCGACAAUUCGGAACCCGACAUAUAUGCCACGAUAGCGAAUUUCCCGGCAGCACCGGUUUUCUUGUACACAGUGCCGCUGGAGCCGGUGUGUAACACCAGCAACUGAUCAAGCGUGUGCCUCUCGCUGGACUUAUUAGGUAAUUCUGCAAGGAGUGGCAGAGGUCACGGGUUGUCGCUGUGACAAGGGAGACUGUGUAUUUUACAGAUGAGAGGCCGACAACCGAUCCCGACUUGGCUGCCGGCCAGCAUCUCAACUUCAGCCGACGGUUCGGGACGAGGCCCCUUAGCCCAAACAGGCAAUGGCACCCCAUCAUCGACACUUUGAUUGGUCAGGUGCUGCGAGAACGUCCUGCUCAUCGGCCCCAACGGGUGUCCGCCAUGUUUUUUCACUCUCAUGAAAAUGUGAUUGUGUGCUCUCAAGCAGGUCUCGGCGGGCGGCUGAUGAGGAGGUACCUUUUUUUAUUUUUACGGAUCGAGAGGUCUGGGUCUGACACACCCUGGCCAACCAACCACUCAGCAACCAGCCUGUGACGUCGCGCGCAACGGUGCGGCGGUCAAUUCUUUCUUGAUAAUUUUUUUUUUGUUCUCUUCCCAACGAGAAUCAAGCCCAGGGCCCAACAAAUUGUUGCUCAAAAAAAAAUAACGGGAUAUUCGGGAGCGAUUGUGAUUAAAGCCCAAUAUGCGUUUCCAUGGAUUCCGCGCCGUGUCGGGAGCCCAUUCCGGUCCUUGUUGAAGUGGUUGAACCUCUGGGGUGUGAUUGUCGGUGACUCCUGCUUUCGGUGUCGCCCGGCCGUGUAAGUGGAAACCCUGACCGCUACGGGAACUCGUACCGGUACCGGCACCCCUGAUGACAGGGGAUCGUGACUUCUGUUUUUUUCCCCCCCAGUAUCCCACCCAUCGAGGCCCAACGUGCGAGCGUGCCCAGAGAGAGGUCGUAGCCCUUGAAACGUGCAACGAAACCUCCAGACAGGCCUCCGUCGCAUCAAGUAGUAAGGUGUAGCAGGCGAUGGAGCUGCUGCUGGCUUCUGCUUCGCGCCGCCGUGGUCUUGCAAAAAGGUCUUAAAGAGGAGGCUUGCCGUCGCCAACAAGCAUUGUUGUUGUUGCUGUUGUUGGAAAGACACUCCAACAACCAUCACUACUGUUGACCGAAAAGGCUCUGGUGGCCCAAUCGAUUACACGCCCUAGCGGUAGUUUCAGUCGCCGUAAUACUACUUCUAAUAAUACGCCCGCUGGUCGCUCAACCCUCGACGCACUAGACUCACGCCGCAGGGGACCCUCCCGUUCCUGUUCCUCCUCCUCUUCGAAGACUUCUUUUGUUCUCCCGACUCCCACACAUCCUUCCCCUCGUCACUCGCACAUGCAAUGGCUUCGUAUGCUCCCAGCGCCUCUUCAUCCGAUAUCUCAACGCCUCGGUCAACAUCCCCCUCAUCGUCCUCAGUAGCGUCGGCCCGGUCCUCGCACUCAUCUAUAUCUACCUCUAAGCGCAUGUCCAUCUCGUCUUCGCGCAGAAUAUCCGCCGCCAACCCAAUGUCGUCUGUUGACAUCGCUGCCAUUGAAGAAGCCAUGAGAAUGGCCAACCUCGACACCCUCCGGGGUUACCAGCAAAAAACCUACGGCGAGGUCAAGCAGUUCGCCGAGACGCAGUACCUUUCCCAGAACCAGGCUCUUGGUUACCAGGUCAUCAACGAGCCCAUGUGGAAUAAGGGCCUCUCUUUUACCCCAGAGCAGCGCAUCGCCAAGAACCUCACCGGUCUUAUCCCACACGUCAUGGAGGACUCGGGCAAGCAGUGCGAGCGUGCGCUCAAGAUGAUCCGGACUCGCCAGACCAACAUUGACCGCUAUCUCUAUCUGUCGUCGCUCAAGUACCAGAACGCCGACCUCUUUUACCGCCUGCUCAUCGACAAUGCGAAGGAGCUCAUGCCUCUGGUGUACACUCCCACCAUUGGUGACGUGUGUCUUCAGUAUUCUACUCUCUACACCCGCCCCGAGGCGCUCUACAUCUCCAUCAAGCAGCGCAAGUCGAUAAAGACGAUCCUCAAGAACUGGCCAUAUCCAAAUCCCGAGAUCUGCGUCGUGACAGACGGGUCUCGCAUCCUGGGCCUGGGCGAUCUGGGCGUCAAUGGCGUUGGCAUUCCGAUCGGCAAGCUAGCCCUGUACACGGCGGCGGCGGGUAUCCACCCGGAUAAGACGCUCCCCAUCGUUCUCGACUGCGGAACGGCCAACGAGACCAACCUCAAGGAUCCGCUGUACCUGGGCCUGCGCUCGAAGCGGCCCUCGGUGGCCGAGCAGCAGGAGUUUAUGGACGAGUUCAUGACUGCCGCUGCCGAGGUCUAUCCUGAAAUGGUGGUGCAGUUUGAGGAUUUCGAGUCGGAAAAGGCCUUCAACUACCUGGACCGGUAUCGGAACAAGUACAAGUGCUUCAAUGACGACAUUCAAGGCACUGGCGCUGUUGUUCUCGGAGGCUACAUUGGUGCCGUGAAUCUUUCCGGCGUUCCUCUCGAGGAGCAGCGCCUCGUCUUCAUGGGCGCUGGCUCUGCCGGUGUCGGUGUCGCCAAGCAGCUUGUAGAGUACUACACCAAGCGUGGUCUCUCCGAGCAGGCGGCCAAGGACAAGUUCUGGCUUGUCGACACCAAGGGCCUCGUGACCAAGGACCGCGGUGACAAGCUCGCCGAGCACAAGAAGUACUUUGCUCGCGGCGACAACAACGGCCUCCAGUUCAAGUCUCUUGAGGAGGUUAUCGAGUACGUCAAGCCAACCGCUCUUGUUGGCUUGACUGCCACCUUUGGCGUCUUCACCGAGUCUGUCGUCCGCGCCCUCAAGGCUUCUGUGGAUGCCGGUGGUCUCGGCCGCAGACCCAUUCUCUUCCCUCUCAGCAACCCCCUCACCAAGGCCGAGUGCACUUUCGAGCAGGCCGUCACCUGGACUGAUGGCACCGUCAUCUUUGCCUCUGGCUCUCCCUUUUCUCAAUUCACCAUCAAGCUCGGCAGCGACCAGGCCAUCACCUACUACCCCAACCAGGGCAACAACGUCUAUGUCUUCCCUGGCAUCGGCCUCGGCGCCAUCCUCGCCAAGGCCACCCGUGUCACCGACAACAUGAUCUACACCUCUGCUGCUGCCCUUGCCGGGUCCCUGAACGCCGAGGAGGUGCACAAGGGUCUGAUCUACCCCCGCAUUGAGCGCGUGCGUGAUGCCAGCGUGAUUGUUGCCCGCGAGGUGAUGAAGGCUGCGCGUCGGGAUGGUGUGAGUGCCCUGCCCGAGGAGCAAUGGCUUACCUGGGAGGAGUGGGGUGACCCGGCUCUUGAUAAGUAUAUCAAGGAGCAUAUUUAUGACCCUGCUCUUUAAGUGUUUGUUUUCCGGGGAGGGGCUGGUAUUGAAAUUGGGAGUCUAUAAUGACUGGAUGAAGCUGGGUUGGGAGAGAGGGAGGGGGGGGGAGGUGCAUUACUGGCGUUGUUUACUUUCAGGGAAGGACUUAGCUUAGCCUUUUUUUUCUUUUUUUUUCUGUUUUCUUUGCUUUUGCUUGCCCCUUGGUAUGAGCAUUGCGGGGAUUAUAAUGGGCUUCUUUUUUUUUGCGGUUAUCUCUUUUUCUAAUGAAUGAUAUCCCAACGAAGAGUUGAGGAGACCAAGUUUCACACACAAGAUUUGGUUUUUGGAUGGACUACAAUGGAUGGCAGAGUGCAUGGAAAACGGGAGGUUUCUGAGGCAAGACAAGACAAGACAAGAUUACAUUUGUUGGAUGUGGCGGUGUCAAGUGAGCGUGCAAGCGCGGAAUAGAUAAAAAGAGGGAGGAACCCAAAUACAUAUACUACUUGUUAGAAUGAGAAUGAAAUGGGGGAGAGCGGUUUAUGUCGAGAUUGUUGAUGCUUGAUAGGAGAGGUGAAGGUUGAAUGAAUGAUUUGGUGUGCAGUUGUUGUUAGCAUAUGAUGUGUUGUUGCUGUUGUGUGUCUGAUUGGUGAACCUAUAACCAUCACCGCAGUACCCCUUUAUAACACCUGAGUGCUGUCCACCCUCUCACGUCAACAUUCUCAUAAAUCUCUCUCUCUCACAACACCAUCCCAUCCCAUGGUUAAACCGCCCCCAAAGUCCCCAACCUCCCCCCAAAGUUACCUCCAUAAAGCCUCCUAACUUCCACCCCCUUCUCCCCAUUGUAUCCUCCCCCUCCUCCCUCCUCGUUAAACUCAUCCAUUAUGAAAGCAUGCAGCAGUUUGAUCUCGGGCAUUCUUUUCAGUUCCUCUCUGACCCAGCCGUUUUCCUGCCGGGUGACUUCGCCGUCGUAGAACAGCAGGUCCUCGGAGUCGAUGAUCUCCGAGAGGGCAAAGGUGAGAGGAAAAAGUUUGGAGCGGUAGAUGAGCCAGAGCGUCUCGAGGCCUUCGAGCCGGAAGGUGGUGUUGUUGAGGAGGGGGGAGCAGAAGGGGUUUUUGGAGACGAGGGAGUAGUGGUGGGCGGUCCAGACUUGGUGUGGGGGAGAACCUGGGGGGAAGAGGGAGGCGAUGGAGAGUGUGGAGGAGGGGGAU